CUUCUCUGAAUUCUCACGGACCUACUUGACUCGACGCUUCCCAAGACCAGAAGUCUGCCACAGCAUAUUUCAAUACACCUAUCUACUGCAACUUCUGCCUAGCAUCUCCAACUCCCAAGUCAUCAACAUGGCGGACAACGCUGAGAACGGAAGUGGAAACGCUGGCUCCGAUGCCGCCGCCCCCGCCGUCGAGCACCUUAAUAUCAAGGUGACGGAUAACAACAACGAGGUCUUUUUCAAGAUCAAGCGCAGCACCAAGCUCGAGAAGCUCAUGACGGCGUUCUGCGAGCGCCAGGGCAAGACGCUGGCUUCGGUUAGGUUCCUCUUCGAGGGUCAGCGCGUACAGCCCACGGACACCCCGGACACUCUCGAGAUGCAGGACGGUGAUUGCCUGGAAGUUCACCAAGAGCAGGUCGGCGGCUGGUAGAUAAAAGGCGAUCCUUUACUACAACUACAAGGAGAUGGGAGAGAAAAAAAAAAGG